UGGAAAACAAACCUGUAAUCAGCUUUCAGCCAAUAAAAGCCCCGCUUUCCACAUAUUUCCCUCCCCCUUCUUCCUCCUCCUUUUUGUCCCUCCCCUUGGUUAACGUAGCCGUUCACGUAAUUAGCCAAUGAGAACAUAAAUAACAUCUGCAUAACUCCGACUCUGCCCAUACUCCUCAGAGGACGCGGAGAAUAGGAAGAAAGAGCUGCCAAUCGUUAACAAAUAACCAAUGGAACCGCAAGAUAGGGAAGCCUGCGAGAAAGUGCUGUGCUGAUAAUAUAGGCUUCUUCGCCCGCCCCCAAUGGCGGCUGCGCUGGACCCUGAAAGCGAGAAAAAAGGAAUGUGUUUGAAAGAUAAAGCUAAACUGCAAUUAAGGAAAUUUGAUGUUGGAGACAAAUUUUCUCAUUUACCAUUAGCAAAAGCCUCUGUUCUUGUGCCUCUGAUGGUUAGAGAUGGGAAGCUGUGUGUACUUUUCACUGUCAGAUCAAUGAAGUUGACGAGAUCACCAGGAGAAGUGUGUUUUCCGGGAGGCAGGAGAGAACCAACAGACGUAGAUGAAAUAGCCACAGCUCUUCGAGAAGCUGAAGAAGAAGUCGGGCUUCGUGCAGAACAGACUGAAGUAAUCUGUAGGCUUGUACCUGCAAUAGACAAAACUCGCUCUAUAGUAACUCCAGUAGUAGCCUUCAUAGAAGACUCAUUCCAAGCCCAUCCUAAUCCAGAAGAAGUCAGUGAUGUAUUUUAUGUGCCACUGGACUAUUUUAUUCAUCCUUCGAAGUAUAAGGUCCAACAAGUUCAAAUGCUGGGAAAGGGUGUUCCAGUACACUUCUUUGAAUACAAUGAUCCGGAGCGUAACACCUCGUAUAGAAUAUGGGGACUCACAGCACACUUUACUGUCUUUCUUGCUCUUGUGAUUUUUGGAGAAAAGCCAACAUUUGAAAUUGCAUACGAUCUUGAUAAUUUGAUUUCAUCAUCUGAAAACAGUUUCAUGGAGUUAUAUAACAUAACAAAGAACAAACUUUAGGUUAUGAAAUUAUUACUUUUGAAAGGAAGUAUAGAGUAUAAAUCAGGUACACGUGGUGCUAUAAACAGUCCUUUAAAUUAAAAAGAAAUGCAACUUGAAAUGAACUUUGCAAUUUUAUGAAGCAGUUUUGCACGAUUGAUCUCAUAACAGGACUGCAGAAAAUAAGACACCCGUCAUUGCUCCACAGAUUCCAUUAUUGUAUUCUGUAGCAUUUUCUUCUCAAAAGAAAUCCCAACUUGCAUCAGUUUCUUCUUAUGCUAUUUUUUUAAGCAUUCCAAAUGCACAUGACAGUGUGUACACCAAAAUUUAAUUUAUAUUUGUUUUCAGCUUAUUUUGUUUAAUAAUUUGGUUAUUCUUUGUUUCCACCUGUUUCAAAUGCGAAGCACAUUUCCAAAUGUAACUUUUAAAAAAAAAUUCUCUCCAAUAUGUCAGUAAAGGAUCUGCCCUUCAAAAUACCAAGCAAUAGAUGAAUGCACCUAGGCAUUCCUGCUGGCAUGCAAGAUAUUGGUAUGCAAGUAAGUUUUACCUCUGAAUCCCCAAAGAAGGGAAAGGGUGUUAAAAACAGAACAUGCUCCCUCCUUCCAUCUUACUUCACCCCAGGGUUAGAGAUAUGACUGACUCCAUUUGCAAAUUUACAUCGUCAGGCACAACUGGCCUUGCAAACUUGAUUGCGUUUGCAAGGUAGUUCUGUUAGACAUUUAAUGCACACAAUAAAUAUAUGUGGCUGAAUCCAGACCGGCAGUUUAAGCUGGCGCAGGGACGGAAUCUGGGCAGAUCAAAAAAGUGCAUCCAAAUGCGCACAUCUGCCUGCCGUACCGCUCCCAUACUUACCCUGUCUGUAGGAAUCCCAGUUUGCACCUCAAAAAGCUACCACCUUGAAAGUGGUAGCAAAUCUGAGAAGCGCCUGCCUCUGAGGCACUUUUCCCAGAUGUCUGUUCCGGCGGCAGCCAGGAGACUUCCAGGUUGGCAUGCUGCCGCCCUAUGUGAUGCUUUUUAAGUCACUUAGCUAAGGCUUUUACUUUUUGGAAAAAAUAUGUUUUUAAACUUUUAUUUAAACAAAAUAUGGUAACAAAUGCCAAAUACUCAAAUAUUCAGUAAGAUGAUGACUACCUAAAAGAAUAAUAGUUCAAAUAAAGUACUUAAUUCACAAUUGGAGCAAAUAAAUAGGAUAAAUAUGACUUGGAACUUUAUCUGUUGACAUCAUAUAGUUUAGGAAAGGAACCCAUAUUGUUGGAAAGUCAAAACAACAGUCUGCAUUUCCAUUACAUUGAUUAUGGUAAGAAAUUGAUUAUGGUAAGAAAUGGAGAUAACAGAAUCUCAAAAUAUUAUCAAACCAUAAAGAAAUUGAGGGGGGUGAUUUAUUCUUCCACCUAGAUGCUCUUAAGAAUAUGUUGUUGGUUGCUGUUUGCAUUCAAAUUUUUGUUGCUUCAUAUGAACAAUGAAGCUAAAGGGAGUAUUUAGUGAUUGUAUGUACGGAGUGGGGGAGACAAUGAAUGCUGAAUUUCUCUUGUGACCUGUCUCAGUCAUUCAUACAGCAGAAUUAAAUAUACGUUCACCCACUCAUGUCACACAUAUAUAUAAACGAGUCGCAACCAUGGUUACAGCACUUUUAUGUUUAAUGUAGGUAAUAUUACAAUUUGCAAGUUAGCAGCGAAGUCCUCAUUCUGUUCACUAUUGAUCUUUCUUUAUGUCCAAUGUACUUUUUCUCCUGGUUUUAAAAACGGGAAUUUUUUUUUUUUGUUCCCCAGUAAGCAGCUACACAAAGGGAUUCUGUUUGUAUAAUAAAAGAACAUGAUUUUGCA